AAUCACAUACCUUCCCCUGGACGACACGUGCAAUGAGCAGCCCGUGUCCCACAAAUUGUUGUCUUUUCCGUUCAGCGCAUUAACGAAGUCAAUGUACGAACUUGGAUUUCAUUCCAGUAACCCUCUCUCUCGAUUUUGGUUCAUACAAAUCGCAAGAGAUGUUCAACACCAGCGAAUCGUUCCAGGUUCCGGCGGCUUAUUCCGCCUUGUUCGGUUCCGAUCCCAGUAACGUUCGGCUCGGGCACUCGGACCUUCGCGUGCCGCUCCUGAAUCUCUCCACGGUCCGGGCGAGAAUGGAUACCCUGCAGCGAUUCCUAUCGGAGUCGGUCAACAGCAACCAGCUGAUCGGCCGGGAUCAUUUGGAAGUGGUCUCCUCCGAGAUCGCCUCCGCAAUCCACCAAGUCAUCGUCAACGGCACUGCCCUUCUCUCCUGCACUCAGACCCCGAGACCAAUCGAAUCCGUUCCCAACUCAACGAUUCCUCCCAAAAUCCUCGGGGAAUCUUCGGGUUCAUUGAAAGAAGAGGCUUUUGACGAGGGAGUGAAGGACAAGGUUUUAGUUGCAGAGCCAGAUGACUCAGAAAUAGUGGAGCUCGAUGCCGUCGAACUGCUGGCUCAGCAUAUCCACUUCUGUGACGUAUGCGGGAAAGGGUUCAAACGCGACGCGAAUCUGCGGAUGCAUAUGAGAGCGCAUGGGAACCAGUACAAGACCCCCGAGGCCUUAGCCAAGCCGGAAGGGCUCUGCGCUGAGCCGAGCCGGGAUACCAAGUUCUCUUGCCCGUUCGAGAGGUGCAACCGGAACAGGCUGCACAAGAAGUUCAGGCCCCUGAAGUCGGUAAUCUGCGUGAAGAACCACUUCAAGCGGAGCCACUGCCCUAAGAUGUACUCGUGCAAUCGCUGCAACAAGAAGAGCUUCUCGGUGGUAUCCGACCUGAAGAACCAUCUUAAGCAUUGCGGGGAGGCCAGGUGGCGGUGUACGUGCGGGACGAGCUUCUCCCGCAAGGACAAGCUUUUCGGGCACAUGGCGUUGUUCGAGGGGCACAUGCCGGCGGUUGGCGAUGAGAACAAGAGGGCCAAGGACCUGGCGGCGGAUGCGGUGGCGUUAACGAGGAGGGCGACAGCGAUGGAGGAGGACGAGGUCGUGGUUAUCAGGAAGGGAGCUGGUGAAUUAGCGCCAGCGAAUUCCUUGGAGAAUGGAUUCUUCGAGGGAUUAUUAGGUGGGUUUGGCUCGAUUGAAAGUUUUUGUUUUCAAGAUGAGUUGUGUUCGCCUAAUGGAUUCCAUGGAUGUGAUUUUGGAAGGUGAUAGAGGAAUAUAUAUCUCUGCCUUCAAUAUUUUGUUGUUGGAGUCAUAUAUAUCUGUAUCUACGUAUGUAUAUAUGUACUUACCUUUUCGUGAUAAGAUAGUUAUGGACUUUGUUAUUGUUUUUUUUUUAAUGUUCCUCUGACUUCUAAUAAUUUUGUUGUCCA